AUGCUAGCUGCAGACGUCACGGGGGUCAUCUCGUCCAUCAUUACCAUCAUUGACACCUCCAUCAAGAUCUACCGCGCCGCCGUUAAUGCCUCAGACCUCCCGCAGUCCUUCGGCGACGCCGCUGCGCGUCUCCCCCUCGUCCAAGACACCCUGAGACUGGCCACGGGCGGCCUCAACGAAGACGCGCUCGACGCCGAGUCCCACGCGACCCUCACACUGGCCCUCGAAAAGUGCACCAACAGGGCGGCGGUGCUUCUCGACAUUUUCCAGAUCGUCAUCCCCUCCGAGCGGGCGUCAAGAAGGGAGAGAUACCUCAGGGCCUUGAAAACGAUCCCUCAAGCGGAAAAGGUCGAGUCCCUGAUGUCAGGCAUCCUGGUGGACCUGCAGCUCCUCGCAACCAACCACGCCGUCAGGGCCGCGACGAGGCAGCAGAUGGAGAGGCUUAUGAGCAAAAUAAUGAUCCAAGAUCAGCCAGCUCGUCGCCCGCCCAUCAUCUUGAACAAUUCUGGGUCGGGGAGGCAGUAUGUUCACUGCGGCACAGGGGAUCAAAAUGUUGUGAGCGGUACAGCCACGCAAAUAAAUGGGCCAUUUAGCGGCGGAACUUGGAACUUUUAUGAGAGAUAA